UCCCCGAUAGAUUCAUAAUCACAACAGAGCGGCACAGACAGCUAGAAAACACCCGACAAAUCUCCUCGGAAGUUCCCUGAUAAGUCACAAAUAAGUUUCUUGGGACUUUUCUUCAACAUGGCGGACAGUGAGGAUAUCUUUCUGAGAGCUAAACAUCGGACUUUCAGCGGACUAACUGAAGAUGCAGAGAGCAAGUGGACCGGCCCUUUUUUCUUCAUCCAGGCGGCGGACCCCCAGCUGGGGCUGAUGAAGGCCUGGAAGGAGGGCGACUGUGAGGGAGGAGGGGACGAGUGGGCGGAGGAGGUGGAGCUCAUCAGGCGGGCGGUGGAGGCUGUGAACCAGCUGAGACCCAGACCCAGGUUCAUGGUGCUGUGUGGAGACCUGGUGCACGCCAUGCCAGACACCCCGUUCAGAGAGGGUCAGGAGCGGGACCUGAAGAAGGCUCUGAAGGGGACGGACCCCUCCAUCCCACUGGUGUUCGUCAGUGGGAACCACGACUUGGGGAACACCCCCACCCCCCGGACGCAUGAGCAGUUCUGCAGUGCCUGGGGGAAUGACUAUUUCAGCUUCUGGGUGGGCGGGGUCCUCUGCCUGGUUCUGAACUCCCAGCUGUUCCACGACGCCUCGGCCUGCCCUCAGCUGAAGGAGGCCCAGGAGACGUGGCUGGAGGAGCAGCUGAGCCGAGCCUCCUCCUCAGCGGAGCCCAAACCCAAACACGUCCUGGUGUUUCAACACAUUCCUCUGUACCUGAAGACCCCCGAUGAGGAGGACGACUACUUCAACCUGAAGAGGGAGGUCAGACAGAGCCUGCUGGAGAGGUUCAAGAGGGCAGGGGUGAAGGCGGUGUUUUCGGGUCAUUACCACCGUAACGCGGGGGGUCUGCACGACGGGCUGGACAUGGUGGUGAGCUCAGCGAUCGGCUGCCAGCUGGGAGACGACGCACACGGCCUGCGGGUGGUGCUGGUGACCGACGAGGCCAUCGUGCACCGCUACGUCAGCCUGGAGCAGCUGAGCAUGGGGGGGGCGGACCGAGACCUCCAGGAGCUGCUGCAGGGAUGAAGGAGGAGGAGGAGGAGGAG